UACAGACCAGUUACAACAACCUGACUAAAGAGAGAGACCAGCUACAGACCAGUUACAACACCCUGACUAAAAAGAGAGACCAGCUACAGAAAGAGAAAGAUGUCAUGUCAAAGUUAUCUAAUCUGAAACAAACCAGGCCAGAAGGCUGGCAUAAGUUUGAAUCCAGUUGGUACUUCCUGUUUACUGAGGCUAAAACCUGGGAAGAGAGCAGACAGGAAUGUCUGAAGAGAGGAGCAGACCUGGUGAUCGUAAACAGUGACAAGGAACAGGAGUUUCUCUGUGGCCUUACUAUGAAAGCCUGGAUUGGUCUGACUGACUCUGUUACUGAGGGGACCUGGAAAUGGGUGGACGGAAACCCACUGACCACCCCAAGGUUCUGGGGGAGUGGACAGCCUAAUGGUGAUGGGUCUGAGGACUGUGCGUUGUUCUCUCACAGUUCACCAGACCAAGGAAAAUGGCAUGACUAUCCGUGUUCAUCUAACCAUUACUGGGAUGACUGUUAUAACUACAUCUGUCUGCUGGAGGUUCUGAAGGAUGGAAGGAUCUACAUCUGUGGCUCCUACGCCUACAAUCCCCAGUGUGCUUUCAUUGUCAGUCACGUUGUCUCUCCU